AUGUAUUAUAAAAUUAAUAAUACAAUGGGCUGUGGCAUUCCUCAUAAAGGCUUAAAAUUGAGACAAAGCCAAGAAGAAGGUGAUACCUCUCUUCAAGAUGUUUGUGCAGAUAAUAUUUCCCCUGCUGUGGAAAUUAUGAUAAAUCCAACAGAAAAUCAUAAGUUUUCUUAUAACAUAAAAGGACUCGCUUAUAAAAUUGUAAUAAGUGAUGUGAAGAGUCCUGAUCAGUCACUUGCUUUUAAAUAA